AGUCAGACCGAGGACCAAUUUUAGUGUAACUACUUCCGGUCCCUCAGUUUAAUCCAUCCCCCUUUUUCACACGUGAAAGUAUCAUGGCUUUUCUUUUAAUGCGAAUUUGAAAAAUUAAGAAAACAUAAAUAUAUAUUAGUCGGCAUGGAUCUCGCCUCGAAGGAUUCGUACAUCCAGAAGCUGACGAGUAAAUUUUUAAAUCAAGGCGUGCAGGAACCAAAGAAAAGGACGUUUGUUCAUUUUAACGCCAAGAAAAAUGUUGGCCCUGCUCAGAAGAAGAAGAAAAACAGCCAACAAUCACAAGAUGGUAGAAAUAACAAUAAUAACAGAAACCAGAGGAAGAAGAAGAAGCACAGUCCUGCACCUCAAACAAAGUCCAGUCCAGCGGCGCACAAUGGCGGGCAAAAAAUAAACAAAACUACACAACAGACUUCAGACAAAGGAGGAGAUGUGAUGACCAACUUCUCCACAGUUGAUAUUCUCCGUAAGAGGCUGCAUGAAAAGAUCGAAGAGGCUAGAGGGCAGGGAGCCCCAAAGGACUCGUUGUCCGAAGAAGUCCAAGCCAAGCGAGCCAAGCGGAAAAUGGACCGCGAGCGCAAGAAGAGGAAGAAGAAGGAGUUCCGCAUGAAGAAACUGGCAGAAGCCGCAGUGCAAAACCAGCAGCCGGAGGUUAAACAGGAAGAAGAGGAAGCGCCGGCUGUGAGCAAAAGACAAGAGACGGCCAUAGUCUUCAACACGGUGGAAACGGUGAAGAAGGAGUACGUGGACAAAGCGCUGAAGCAGAAGACCAAGAAGCAGCGCCUCAAGGGUCAGAUCACGCCGCUCUCAGGCAAGAAUUACAAGCAACUGCUGAGCCGCGUGGAGGCGCGCAAAGACAAGCUGGAGAAGCUGAGGGAAAAAGACGAGGGCAAAGCCCGCGACAUGGAGGUGAAGAUGAAGUGGACCAACAUGCUCUACAAGGCCGAGGGUGUCAAGAUCAAGGACGACGAGAACAUGCUGCGCGCCGCUUUGGCCAGGAAGGAGAAGAAGCGCGCUCAGAGGAAGAAGCAGUGGGACCAGCGGAGUGAGGCAGUUGUGGGGAAGAUGCAGAAGAGGCAGGACAAGCGGCGGAGGAACAUCCGGAAGCGGAACGACCAGAAGGCGGAUAAGAAGGCGGCCAACGCAAGGAAGAAAGGGAGGGUUCUGUCUCAGGACUUGAAAUAAGC